AUGAAUUCACGAGUCAUUUUGGUUUUUGGUGAAAAUUGUAUGAAGCGUAGAAGGGCGGAUGAAACCAAAAAGAUCAUUGCAGCUCUUCGUGCAGGUGUUGCUGCAUUGAGUGUAUCUAGUACCGCGGCAGCAAAAGAGCUUACUUGCCGAGAUGCACAUUUGAGUGCCAUUGUGGAAUUUUUGAACGACAGUGUCCAUCCUGUCAUGCAGAUUUUUGGUAUGCCCGGGACGGGGAAAACUGCUUCUGUCAAUCAUGCACUCACUCUUCUUGCUCAAUCUGCUCCUCCAGGAAGGAAGCCGACGGCGGUAUUUCUUAACGGCUACGUGAUUCAGAAGAACUCAGAUAUAUACUGGACAUUAAACUCUCAUCUAAGCAAAGCUCGUCUUGGGCACACUGAAAAUUGUUUACCUGAUCAGUGUGCCGCAUUAAUCGAAAAGCGUUUUAGACAGGGUUGGGGUGGCGCCUCAACUCCUUUGUGUGUUAUUGUUAUUGAUGAAGUCGAUAAGGUUUUAAAAAGACAUAACAAGGCGUUUUUUAGAAUAGUGGACUGGUUGAGUUUCCCUUUUGCGUUUUGCAAACUCGUUACAAUUUCCAACAGUAUGGAAUUGGCAGCAGAUGCGAAGACAAGAAGUCGACUGGAUAUCACUAAAAGAUUGGUUUUUGAACCUUAUAGCUUCUCUGAACUGAAGGAAAUUCUUUUGAGAAGAGUUGGCAAAAUUAAACCAACAUUAUUUGCUGAGAAAGCCAUCAAUUAUUUAUGUAACCAGACAGCUUCCCAUUAUGGAGAUGUGAGACGCCUACUACAGUCUGCGUCGUCUGCUGUGUGUGGUCUCAUGAUGAAAUUGGAAGAGGGUUAUCGUGUUCCUGAAGCACAAGAUGUUUUGUUGACUGUUAAAGAUGUUCAUGCGGUUGUUCGACAAAUAUUUCAUGACCGCUUUGUAGAAUUUAUUCAAACUAUUAGGCUGCCCAUACUUUUUAUCAGUGUGGCUGUUGUAGCCCAUGAGACGAAUAAAUUGUUUCGAUCGAACCCAGGUGAUUGUCGUUUAUCUUUGGAUGGUUUGUUUUUAUCAACGAAAAGGGCCCAACAAAUCUACAGUGCUUCUCUCGGUGAGCCUCAUACUGUUGAUUUAACCUAUGGGGCUUAUUUGGACAUUGUGGAAAUGCUUCGAGAAGUGGCUUUGAUUGAUGUUUCAAUAGGAGAAGAGCGUAUUCCUGUGAAGACGACGCAAAAUCUUCUUGAGGCCACAGAAAAAGCGUAUGUGUCAAUGUUGCAACCAUUUCCUACAGUAUUGGAUGCGUGUCAAUUACAUGACGUAUUUGGCGAAGGAAUAAAUCCACUCUUCAAAACUUAA